CGUGCUCUGGAAGGGGCGGGACCAAGAUGGUUGCGCGCGCAGAGGGCUAAUAAACUGGAGAGUUCAACAUGGCUGCGACCAUGUUCCGGGCUUCGCUGCGGGGCUGGAGAGUCGGCAUCCACCCGGGUUGCGGGCUACGGCGGCAGAGCCAGACCAAGGGACCUCCCGAUUACCCCAGCUUCGUGGAGUCUGUGGAUGAAUACCAGUUUGUGGAGCGCCUGUUGCCCUCCACCAGCAUCCCAAAGCCCCCAAAGCAUGAACAUUACCCCACUCCUAGUGGCUGGCAGCCCCCCAGAGACCCUGUACCCAGGCUGCCGUACUUUGUGCGGCGCUCUCGGAUGCACAACAUCCCUGUCUAUAAGGACAUCACGCAUGGCAACCGCCAGAUGACUGUGAUCCGGAAGGUGGAGGGAGAUAUUUGGGCCCUGCAGAAGGAUGUGGAAGAGUUUCUGAGCCCACUGCUUGGGAAGACACCCAUCACCCAGGUCAAUGAGGUGACAGGCACCGUGCGGGUCAAGGGCUACUUUGACCAGCAACUAAAAGCCUGGCUCCUGGAGAAGGGCUUCUAGACCUAGCUGUGCAGCCUGCGCAACAGCAUCCCCUACAGACUGGGGUCCAGGGAGUCUCAGGAGGAGGAGCUGGUUGCUGGAGCAACUAGGAUGGGGGUGCAGAGACCUGGGGGUAUAAGGGCUGGGACAGGGUAGAGUGAGGGCUAAAGGGCUGCAGAGCUUGCCUGCAUAAAGGGGGAGACAGGUGCCAUAUGCACAGGCACCGGCACUGGGGGAGGGCUGACACUGGAGACCCACUAGAACAGGGGUGUCAAAUGCAUGGUCACCAUGGGCCACAUCAGCCUUGCGGUUGCCUACAAAGGGCUGAAUGUAAUUCUAGGGCUGUAUAAAUGUAACUACUCCUUAACAGUUAAGCGAGAGCUCGGCAUUGCUUUGCCGCUGGGUAGGAACGAGAUGCUGGGCCGGAUGAAACAAGGUGGAGGUCCGGUUUGUCCCACGGGCCUUGUGUGUGCCACCUGUGCACUAGGAAUAGCCGAGCUAGUGGGAGGCGUUAGUAGCUUCCCCCUGUCACUACCACCCUGAUUUUGGUCUGUUCCUUUUUUUUUUUUAAUCCUCACCUGAGGACAUACUUAUUGAUUUCAGAGAGGGUAAGGUAGCGAGAGGGAAAGAAACAUCAACGUGAGAGAGGAACAUCAAUGGGUUGUCUCUUGCAUGUGUUCCAGUGGGGGACUGAACCCACAGCCUAGACACGUGCCCUGACCCAGAAUUGAACCCAUGACCUUUCAGUGCAUUGUACGACCCUCCAGCCAAUGGAGACACACCAGCAGUCUGUUGCUUUUUUUCCUUCGUUGGCUCUCCUUGGGCUCAGCUAUUCAAAUUCAGGAGGUUGUUGACUGCCCCUUUGGUGAAAGCAGUAGCCCAACCAAGUUUAGGGAACGGCAGCACAGGACAGACCCAUUGGGUACCUGCCUUCCUGGGCCCUCCACACUCCCUGCUGCAAGCGUUCUCAAGCCCUUGCUCUGUGCCAGACCUGGCUUGUUGGAGGCGACAGAGAAUACAGAUGAAUGACAAGGGUGUAGAAGUCUUCAGUUCCAAGUGCAGUGCUGGGCACAAGGGCACAGUGUGCCCAUGUCAGCCCCGGGCUCAUUCUUUCUACCCGCAGUGAGGCAGACCGCCCACUUACCUCUGCUCUAUUCUGGACCAGAGUUGAGCCUGAUUGGGUUUCCAGCUCUAGGAAUCUAAGUGAUAAGCUGUAGCUGGUCUGCCCACAAGGGGGUGCUUGGGAGCUCCCAGCAGUCCAGCACACAGGGUCUGCUUCCCAGUUGGUAGACCUGGGAUCAAGGUGGACAGGCGGGUUGCAGGCAGGAAAAGGCUGACCUUUUGUCCCUGCCACCCCACCCCCAGGCAAUGAACCUCACCCUUGGCCUGCCACAAGGGCCAAAGCCCUGAGUUGCCACCCCUACCCCAGCAUCAGACGGGCUAAGACAGGGUUCAGAGCCUGGUUCCCCUACUUGGUCUCAAACCUUUCUGUGGCGUGGUUUGUGUGUAGUAUGGGUUUAUCUUUCAGACGAGAUCAGAGUGGUAUGGCCAUAGACGACAUGAGUAUAUCUUUCUAAUAGUUUAACUACAGUGUGCCCAAGGACAGUGCUGGCUUGUGUAAAUAAACCCUCCCUCGUGGAGAGUCCAGGCCAUGAGUCUACAGCCUGAGUAAGGAGCCGUCUCACUGACCCUGACACCAGCUCUACCAAUUGUUAAUGCGAGUUUUUAUUUGGCUGUAUAUACAAUUCAAGCUAUUAAAAUUUGUACAGUAUUUACAAAUUAAAUAAUCAUCUGAAACUCUCCAGCAA